CUCUUAAUUUCUGGAGGUACUGGCCUCGGAGCCAGCUCUUGAGUUCAGCACCUAUCAGAUUGACUGUUGUACUCUUACACUUAGUUGUUACCACCUUGUCAUUUAGGGAUAGGGUUACGUUCCUUCCUCCAAUGUAUUCAGCAAUGAUGAUGAUGAUGAUGCGAAGAAGCUCUUGUGUUCAUGGAUUCCCUCUUCUUCGAUACUUUGCUUCGUCUUCUAAUUCCAAACCCUUUCUUCUUCACCCAUCGCAUUCUUCUUCAACUUUCUCCUUCGUUAGUGACAGUGAUACAAGCAGAGCUCAAUUCCUUGAUUCCAUGAGAAAUGCGAAAUCUGUAGACGUUGCUUUGGAUUUCUACCACAAAAUGGUCACAAUGAAGCCUUUCCCAUGUGUCAAGGACUUCAACUUGUUGUUUAGCAUCGUUGCGAAGAUGAAACACUACACAACUGCAAUUUCGCUAAUCAAACACAUGUCUUAUAUUGGUGUCAAACCGACUGUCCACACUCUCAAUAUCGUCAUUAAUUGUCUCUGCCGUUUGAGCCACGCCGUGUUUGGCUUCUCUGUUUUGGGGCUUAUGUUCAAAAUUGGUGUGGAACCUAGCAUCGUGACUUUUAACACCAUUGUUAAUGGGCUUUGCGUAGAAGGAAAUGUUGCUCAAGCAAUUAGGUUUGUUGACCAUUUGAAAGAUAUGGGCUAUGAAUCUGACAGCUAUACCUGUGGAGCAAUAACUAAUGGAUUGUGUAAAGUUGGUCAUUCAUCCGCUGCACUCUCGUAUCUCAAGAAGAUGGAAGAAAAAAAUUGCAAUUUGGAUGUUACAGCUUACAGCGGAGUUGUGGAUGGUCUUUGCAAGGAUGGGAUGGUAUUUGAGGCCUUGAAUUUGUUCUCACAAAUGACAGGCAAAGGUAUUCAACCUGAUCUUUUCACCUAUAAUUGCUUAAUUCAUGGCCUUUGUAACUUUGAUAGAUGGAAAGAGGCUGCACCUCUAUUGGCUAACAUGAUGAGAAAGGGAAUCAUGCCAGAUGUGCAAACUUUUAAUGUUAUUGCUGGCAGAUUUUUCAAAACAGGGAUGAUUUCUAGGGCUAAAAGCAUAUUCAGUUUCAUGGUGCAUAUGGGGAUUGAACAUGAUGUUGUCACCUAUACAUCAAUAAUUGGUGCUCAUUGUAUGCUAAAUCAAAUGAAGGAUGCCAUGGAAGUAUUUGAUUUGAUGAUUAGCAAGGGCUGCUUACCGAACAUUGUAACUUAUACUUCAUUAAUCCAUGGAUGGUGUGAAACUAAAAACAUGAAUAAGGCCAUGUAUUUCUUGGGUGAAAUGGUAAAUAAUGGACUAGAUCCAAAUGUUGUCACAUGGAGCACUCUUAUUGGGGGGGUUUGCAAAGCAGGGAAACCAGUAGCUGCAAAAGAAUUGUUUUUAGUAAUGCACAAGCACGGGCAACUUCCCAAUCUCCAAACUUGUGCUAUUAUAUUGGAUGGCCUAUUUAAGUGUAAUUUUCAUUCUGAGGCAAUGUCAUUGUUUAGGGAGUUGGAGAAGAUGAAUUGGGAUCUUAAUAUUAUAAUUUACAAUAUUAUUUUGGAUGGAAUGUGUAGUUCUGGAAAACUGAAUGAUGCACUGGAACUCUUUUCUUAUCUGUCAAGUAAAGGCGUCAAAAUUGAUGUUGUUACUUAUAACAUAAUGAUUAAAGGUCUAUGUAAAGAAGGACUGUUGGAUGAUGCCGAAGACUUAUUGAUGAAAAUGGAAGAGAAUGGUUGUCCCCCAAAUGAGUGCACUUAUAAUGUCUUUGUCCAAGGAUUGCUGCGAAGAUAUCAAAUUUCAAAGUCAACAAAAUACCUUAUGUUUAUGAAAGAUAAAGGAUUUCAGGCAGAUGCUACCACCACCAAAUUUCUUAUCAACUACUUCUCUGCUAACAAAGAAAACAGGGCAUUGGAAGUGUUUUUGCAGAAAUUUGUUUGAGUAUUUAAUAUUGGUAUAUUAAAAUACCAACAUUUUCUUGAGGGCCAACUUAUUAGCAGAGUCAGGUUCUGUACUUCAGGAAGCACUAAGGACAAGAUGGUUGAAGGAUGAUACAACUUGUAAGAUUCUAAUUACUAUUUUUUCAGGAAGCACUAAGGACAAAAUGGUUGAAGGAUGAUACAACUUGCAUUGCAGUUGAUACAAUUCCACCUGAUUCAUCACCACUCCCCUAAAAGCAAAACAAUUUGUGUGCUCUUUUGUUUGGGAAGAGGUCUCAUGACUCUGCUGAUUAGGCAACAAUGACAACUCGGGUCCAAUCAGCACUGGAUUUUUGUAUGUGCCAGGUUGGCCUUGCCUCAAGCUAGGGCAUCUCUGUCCACACAGGUUUCAUUUUCUUGACCUUCUGGAAGCCAUGGCAAGGUCUUUUUCUAUAUGCUGAUUGUCGCAACAAGAAUGAUGCUAUUGAAGGAAAACUCCCUUGUGGAGUUAAAGUAGAGGCCAAUUCUUUAUGCCCUCAUUCCUUUGCCCUUUUAAUGCAAUUUUUUAUAGGAGACGUGAUUGUUUCAAUGUCAGUGACGGUCAAGUUGCAGCAGAUGUAUAUGUGAUAUCCGGGAAUUCAGUAAAAUGGGCAUUGUCUAACUAACAAAUGCAAGCAGAGAGCCUAUUCUAUUGUCUUGUAGUUGUGUUGCCUGAAAAUGGAAGUUUUCAAUGUCAGUGAAGUAUGCAGCACUGUGGAGAGCAUACUACAUUUACCCAAUAUUCCUGUAAAUAAUUUCCCAUCACCUUUUCAAUCCCGUGUUAAAAACAUCAAACUUUAAAUUUGCUGAAAAAUUUAAGACAUGCUUACUUUUCUUCAUGUUACUUGCGCCCUCUGUCUUCUGUGCUCUUCUCUACUCUUUCUUUCUCCCUUUCUUUCAUUCGUUUUCUCUUUACUUGAGAAGGGCUUGUUUUGUGUUUCCCUUUGGAAUUACUGGAAGAACAAUGAAAUAUGCACUGGCAUUGCAUGUUUU